CGAUUCAUUCUUUUGAUGGAACGACUUCGGUACAAAAUACACCAUUUACUAGAUAUCAGUUUGACGGAUUCAUAUCUAAUAAUGAAAAUUUGUCUUCUCGUGUGCAAGCUCUUAAUUCACCACCUCUAUUUUACAAUAAUGCUGCUUCCUUUAAUGAUUCACUAUCUCAAAGUUUUCUUGAUCAUUAA